AUGCCAGUUUCUCAAGCAUCUUCAUGCACCUCUACCCCACACAAUGGGGAUGGAGGGAUGCGCAUGGAUGAUGAGCCCAAACCAGCCAGAGCUCCAUUGGAUCCAGCGAUGAGUAAGUACAGAAUAGUCUUGGGCAAGACCAUCUAUGAGGGGAACUUCUACAUCGUAGAUAUAUUAGUAGACAAGUUGUAUGCACAAACAGCGGACGAUCCCAUUGACAUGAUAGCACUCCACAAAGUCCGCAAAGCAGUCCAUGACCAACAGCCCAAUAGAUUGAUACCAGUAAUAGACCAGUGGUUGCCAGAGCUAUACAAUAAAGCUAUGAAGAACUGUGAUAAAAGUAAUCACGAUGAGUGCAUUGCGAUCAUUGGCUGUAUGAGCGACUUAACUCUAAUUAGAUCUCACGAAGGAGACAAAAUCGCAGAACUAGAAAUGGUUAAGUUACUCAAGAUGAGUGAGUUCACUAAGUGGCCAGCAGGCAAGUAUGUCAGCAUGGCUGAUUGUCGUGAUACAAUUGAGUUUGUAUCUGUAGCCAAAGACUUGUUCGCGAGCACAAGCAUGCCAUUGGUACAGUACAUAUCACUAGUACAAGAGCUGCUCAGACAGACAGACAGACGCAACAGAGGUAUCGCGCACUGCACUCAAUAA